UAUGAGCGACUGACAGGAAAAACAGCCCUUAUCUGUAAAGAAAGGCUCAAAAGUUCACUCCUUUCGCACCAAAUUCUUCCUACGACUCACUCCGGUCAUAUGAUUUACCGUGUUUCUCUGGCUGUGACGCGGAGUGUCUAAAAGGGUUCAUUGAGUCUCUGCUGAGAGUGGCAUCCCACAGAAAUACCCUCGUCUGCCAAGUGCUCCACUCUGGAAGGUUCCUGAAACUUUCACACGUGACCUCCAGCAGUCAUAGUGAGAUCCAAGGAGUUUUUGUUUUGAGAGGGCGUCGGACUCCCCCGUGAUUGAUUACAGCAGCGGCCAAUCGCGUACUUGGCUUCAGCAGUGCGUGCACGGUGAUUCUGCGUCUGACAGGAAUGCAGCACGAAGGGCUCUGAAGAAGCGGCACUUUUCCCACUUUCUUGCAUGGAUGGGUGAUUUAGAGUUCAGUAUGUACUGUUAGUCAUUGUUUCCUGUCCCUCUGGCGGCUGUGUCCGAGCCUGACCCCAGGAUGGCAUGAAGAAAAAAUCCUGCUGAUCUCUGAACACUAGGCCGAGCAGUGAGCUACAUCAGGGACAGGUGAAAAGCAGGCCAUGUCACGGGUUCCCACACCUCCUCCCCCAGGGGAAAUGACAUCAGGACCUGUGGCAGAGAGCUGGUGUUAUACACAGGUAAAAGUGGUGAAGUUUUCUUACAUGUGGACCAUAAACAACUUCAGCUUUUGUCGGGAGGAGAUGGGCGAAGUCAUAAGGAGCUCGACCUUCUCUUCUGGCCCCAAUGACAAGAUGAAAUGGUGUUUGAGAGUGAACCCAAAGGGUCUGGAUGACGAGAGUAAAGAUUAUCUCUCUCUCUACUUGCUGCUUGUCAGUUGCCCAAAAAGCGAAGUGAGGUCAAAGUUCAAGUUUUCCUUACUAAACGCCAAAAGGGAGGAAACUAAAGCCAUGGAAAGCCAAAGAGCGUACCGCUUCGUCCAGGGGAAGGACUGGGGCUUCAAGAAGUUCAUCAGGAGAGAUUUUUUACUAGAUGAAGCAAACGGACUUCUUCCAGAUGACAAGCUCACUUUGUUUUGUGAGGUGAGCGUGGUCCAGGACUCUGUAAACAUCUCUGGCCAGUCUAACACAAACAUGCUGAAGGUUCCGGAGUGUCGGCUCUCAGAUGAUCUGGGUAACCUGUGGGAAGGAUCCAGGUUCACCGACUGCAGCUUGUUUGUGGGAGGGCAGGAGUUCAAAGCGCACAAAUCCAUACUGGCAGCGAGGUCGCCAGUUUUCAAUGCCAUGUUUGAACACAAAAUGGAGGAGAGUAAAAAGAACCGAGUAGACAUCGGUGACGUGGAACCGGACGUGUUUCGGGAAAUGAUGGUAUUUAUUUACACGGGUAAAGCUCCUAACCUGGAUAAAAUGGCCGACAACCUGUUAGCUGCUGCAGACAAGUACGCUCUGGAAAGAUUAAAGGUAUUAUGUGAAGAGGCUCUUUGUAACAGUUUGUCUGUAGAGAACGUGGCCGACGUCCUCAUUCUGGCCGACCUGCACAGCGCAGAGCAGCUCAAAGCACAAGCCAUAGACUUCAUUAAUAGAUGCAGCGUUCUCCGACAGUUGGGCUGUAAAGAUGGAAAGAACUGGAAUAGCAAUCAUGCAGCAGAUAUAAUGGAGACUGCAGGUUGGAAGGUGAUGAUUCAGUGCCAUCCUCACUUAGUGGCCGAGGCCUUCCGUGCUCUCGCAUCGGCUCAGUGCCCCCCAUUUGGUCUGCCUAGGAAACGACUAAAACAGUCCUGACCUUUGCCCUCACAGACUGCAUAGGACACCACGCAUGAGGCGGCAACGUCUUCCCUUCCCCAUUUGGCCCCCUCUUCACUCGUCCGUCGCCAGAGACACAAUGGAGGAGCUUGAAUAAACUGUGUUCUCAGCUAGCACCAGAGGAAGAAGAAAGGGACUUUGCAGCGGUUGACCUCGUUGUUUGAAAAAUGGCCUUAAAGCAUCUCCCUCGUGUCUCUCCGUGUAGCUUUGUGCCUGCUGCGACUGAUCCCAGACCUGUCUGGAUUGCACUAGCUCCCACAUAAUGCAGUAGUGUUAACAUGGUGGUGUUUAGGACCUUCUAUGUUACGUGUUCUCAACGGGGAAGGGUUGUUCUGACAUUUCAGAAAUCCAAGUAUACUCUCGCUAAACGUAUAACCACACACAUGCAUCGAGUGCAGAGAUAGUCCCAACUGACACUUUUUAAAGUGAUUGUUGCCCAUAUUGCUGGCAGAAUGUCAAAUUGUACGUUUAUCAUCAUUAAAAUCGGUGCAAGUAUUAACUGAGGUCGUGCUGUAGAAUACUAGGUGAGAUGCGAUGCAGUUUACGAGUAUUAAAUAUGUCGAUAUUUUGCACCAACUUCAACUAAUUGGUAAAAAUGAAGAAUUUGUUUCCCACACACACAGUUUUGACCCUAGUUGAGUUACUUUCAAUGGUUACCAUACAUGAUGGAACUCAGUUCCUUGUUUUAAAAAAUAUAUUGUGGUACUAAAGAACUUGCUUUGGAAAUAAAAUGGAGAAAAUUAAGGAGAAUGAUAUAUUUUCAGCACACACAUGUAGAGUUGACCAAUUACAUUUGCUCUCAGGCCUCGAUGUGAUGUCUUAAACAUAAUUUAUUAUUAAAGAGCACCUGUCAUGUAGUGUGUUAUACAGCUGUUUGUGGAUGUAAAAACAUCUUCAAAGUGCAGAACAAAAGUUAUUGACUCC